UCUUAGAUAGAAGAUUCUCAUUCUUAUGAAAACCUGUUGAAUUUCUUGUUUUGAAGCUUCUACAAGGCAACAGCGAAUGGGUCAUUCAGGAAUCUGUACAUAAAGCCAGCCAAAAUGUAUGAUAUGCCUGUCAGCCUGCAGGAUUGCUGCAUCGACUUCAUCAGUGACCACUUGCAGGAUCUGUGCUAUGCGUCAGCCACAGAAAAUCAAACAAUCAAAAAGCUUUCCUUCAAAGAUCCAGAUAUCUUCUUCCAUGGAGAGCUUUCUGAGCAACUCUUGCAGACACUUUGCGAAAAGGGAAAACUCACGGAUGAGACACUCAGUCUUUUUGAUCCCAAUGUAACAAACUUGAAAAGGGUAUCCAUAAGAGAUGCACAGCUUUCAGCAAAAGGAUUGAGGAUUUUAAAAAUGCAUAAAAUUUCAGAACUGGAAAUCAUUGGACUGCGUACUGCCACAGUGAACGACGUGAUAGGAUGCCUCGGAGAAUGGACUCUGUCCAAUCUGAGAUCUUUAAAUGUUAAUAACAGUACAUUUGUAAACAGUACAAAAUUCUGUGUUGUGGUGUCUCUAUCAAAACUUCAUAAUCUUCAGAGUUUGAAUGUCAGCAACACAGAGUUCAAUAAACAUGGUCUGGAAAUCAUUGUGGAGGAUCUUCCUUGUCUGGUGAAUCUGGACAUCUCCAGUACUCAAAUACUAGAUAUAUCACCUCUGAAGAAGUGCAAGGACCGCCUCAAAUCUCUAUCAAUGUACAAUCUAGUGGCCUCCAACCAGGACGACGUAGUUCCAGUCUUGUGUGAAUUGACUAAAUUGGUACAUUUGGAUGUUUCAGAGGAUUCAUCAAUGCAACCUUUUGUCAAUGUCAAUUCCGGCAAAUUUGCCAUCAUCAACCUCCUUCUACGACCUCGAUGCCUUCCAAAUCUAACUUCCUUGGAUAUUUCAGGCAAAGAUGGUGCCAAUGAAGAUGUUCUCAGGGAAUAUGUAAAUUGCCACAGUAAGCUGAACUUCCUAGGGCUUGCUUUGACAGAGUACUGUGAAUAUUCAAUGUUCACCAAUGACCAGAGUCCAGACUUCAAGGGGACUAUAACAGUAACUGGAGAGGCAGAUGAGAGACAGAUCAUGGAGGCAUUGAGACGUUAUGUUAGUCGCUGUGUGUAUGUUCAGAAGUCACUGUACACUUUGUUUCGUCUGACACAGGUCAUGCUGAAACCCAGAGAGGAUAUUAUUAAGUUGGUACUGCCAGCCAUGAAGAGCCACCCUAAACAGCUGGGGGUACAGAUGGCGGCCACUGCCUGUCUGUACAACCUGUCUAAAGGUGAGGUGGGGGCCAAAGUCCAUCCAGCCUGCCUCACACAAAUAGUCAAUCUGACACUGUUAGCCAUGGAGAACUUCCCCAAUCAUCAACAGCUACAGAAAAAUGCUCUGUUGACGUUAUGUAGUGAUAGGAUUUUAAAUGAUGUGACAUUUGACAGAUUCCGCUGUGCCAAGCUUGUGAUGGAAUGUCUUUGUCAAUUUCAUGACCCCUCAAUGAAUAGGAUGUCAGUGGCAAUCUGCUCCAUAUUGGCUGCUAAGAUAUCAACAGAUCAGACAUCUCAACUUGGGGCAAAGCCUCGGUAUAUGAGGAAAAUGUUACAACUUGUGAAGUCUAAAGUAGAGUCUAAUGCUAUAGACAUUACACUGAAAUUUACACUCAGUGCCCUCUGGAAUUUGACUGAUGAGUCCCCAGCAACUUGCCAUGUGUUUCUACAUGAAGGUGGUCUAGAUUUAUUCAUGACAAUACUACAGACUGUGUCCACAAUGGAGGAAGAUGUGAGAACACAAGUGGAAACCAAGAUACUGGGACUCCUUAACAACAUAGCAGAAGUGCCUAAGUUAAGGGACUACUUGAUGAGGGAUGACUUUCUGAUGCUGAGUAAACAGUUACUGAGGGCAUCACAGAUUGAUGUCAGUUACUUUGCUGCUGGAAUCAUAUCACACCUGGCAAGCGAAAGCAUUCAAAAAUGGCUGGUAGUAUCCACCAAAGAGGAGAUUCUCAAAGAAUUGAGGGAGGUAGUCUUAGAGUGGGAACAGCCUGAUGGUGAAAUGGUGGCCUACAGGUCUUUUAAUCCAUUCAUUCCUUUACUGAGGUGUUAUGACUGCCCAGCUGUGCAGUUGUGGGCUGUCUGGGCAAUUCAACAUGUCUGUACUAAAAACAGCAGCAGGUAUUGUCCCAUGCUAGAAAAAGAGGGAGGUUCAGAGAUACUCAUGGAACUUAUUAACAAUCCAGAAACUGACCACAAUGUGUCCAGUAUAGCACAGAAAAUCUUAGCAUUUGGAAAAAGUCCAUCUGUUCAGAAAGUUCCACGCGAUGAUCAAAUGUCUGACCCAGUACCCUGUCCUGCAGCAGAAAAUUGAACAUUGAAGGAGUUUGUUUGGUUUGCCUUUUUUUAAGGAUUGUGGUGCUAAAGCUAUAUCUUUGAUUUUCCAAAGAGAUGUUGGGGCAUUUCUCUUUUGUAAUAAUACAUGCAAAGGAAAUUUGUUUGAUAAAAAAACAAAUUAAGGCCAUCUUCUACACCUUUUCCAGUCUGUUAUUUACAAAAACAAGUUUCAAGACCCAUUUUGAAUUUUGACAGUGUUUAUUAGUUUACUCAGUUUCUCCUUUGCUCUGACUGGUAAGAUUUUCCACUUUUUUUUUAGCUCUACUGGUCAGAGACCAGAAGAGCUUAUGCCAUAGUAAGGUGUCCGUCUUCCAUCCGUCUGUCUGUAAACAAUUUUUCAAAACGCUACUCCUCCUACAGCUUUGGUCUUAUUUCAGUAUAACUUGGCACACAAGUAGACUACACUAAGAUACAUAAUGUAGUGCAUCAGAUUUUGAUUUCGAUGAAUAAUAGUGUUGCCAUGGUUACUAAAAAUAGAAAUUUCUGUAAAAUUCCUUUAAAACACUACUUCUCCUACAGUUUUAGUCUGAUUUCAAUAUAACUUGGCACACAAGUAGACAACACUAAGAUACAUAAUUUGAAGAAAUGGUUUUUGAUUUUGAUGAAUGGUUUUGCCAUGGUUACUAAAAAUAGAAAUUCCUGUAAAAUCCUUUAAAACAUUACUCUUGCUACAGUUUUGGUCUGAUUUCAAUCUAAUUAUAUCUCACAAUUAGACUACACUAUGAUACAUAAUAGUGUAUAUUGGUUUUUGAUUUCAUUGGUGUUGCCAUGGUUACUUAAAAUAGAAAUUCUGUGAAAUAGUUUCAAAAUGCUACUCCUCCUACAGUUUUUGUUUGAUUUCAAUAUAACUUGGGACACAAGUAGACUACAUUAAGAUACAUAAUUCUAUUUAUUGUUGCAUAUGUUGCAAAGUUUCAAAUCCAAGUGCUACUUUUCCUUUGUUAUUCAUACAGACCAGUAGAGCUACAGUCUCAUCAGAGACUUCUGGUUUUCUUGUUGCUCUCAUCCCUGUUGUUAUUGGUUGUCAUUUGUUAAUGAAUGUUAACAAUUGCCAGUUUACACUGGUUUUUUGUGUAAACAAACCCAUUUAUUUUAUUGCACAACUGUUUGUAUAUUUGGUAGUGCUGUUACGUUCCAUGAAAUUGUUAAAUGGUUUUUUUUCCAUUGAUGAAAGUGCUUUGAAUCUUUUCAAACAAAUUUAUUUAUACUCUUCUAUUUUAAAAUCAAAAAGCAAUAAAUAAAUCUCUGUAAUAUUAUACAUGUACAUUUAAUAUAUUUUAUUGACCAUAAAUGCACUGAAGUUAAUAUCACUGCGAUUUUUGUGAUAAAACAUAGAAGUAUCAUUUUCAAUUUGAGGAAUGUGCUUUUCAUAGAGUAUAUUGUUUAAUAUGUGUAUGUGUUACAUGUAUGAACUGUUUUGCAACAAUUUUAUGUUGCCAUCCCUUAUAAUUUAAGUGACAGGUUUUUUUCCCCCAUUAUUUCUCAGUAUUACCUAAAACUUACAUUGAUUGCAGAAAGUUAUUUAACAAUAUUUGUGACUUACAUACUGAUGUUUCUCAUUAUACUUUUCUGUCAGCACCAGCAGAGACAAAUCUGUUCACAUAAAAUAACGUCAAUAUUAUUGAAUCUCGAAAUCAUAUAAUGGUCAGUGCUUUAUUUACAUAUAUGUUAAUAGUAAGGCAUCAAGAGAAU